AUGGUGCGCCUUCGAGAGAUACCCCGAACGGCCGCCUUCGCCUGGUCGCCAGGUGCCGGCAAGCCUGUCUUGGUCACCGGUACUCGCGCCGGCGCUGUCGAUGCCGAUUUUUCUGACGAGAGCAAGCUGGAGCUCUGGGAUCUUGCUCUGGACGACCAAGAGCAAGGCCUCGAGUUGCAACCUGUCGCUAGCAUCACCACCGACGCUAGGUUCUACGAUGUUGCUUGGGGUCCUGCCAACGAUGAUCACCCCAAGGGUAUCAUUGCAGGUGCCCUCGAGAACGGCUCAUUGGAUCUUUGGGACGCCGAGAAGCUCAUUGCUGGGGACUCAGAUGCCCUGAUCUCACAAACCUCCAAGCACACCGGCCCAAUCAAGACAAUACAAUUCAACCCCCUGAAGCCGCAGAUUCUGGCCACGGCUGGCGCUAAGGGCGAGCUCUUCAUCUACGAUGUGAACGACAUCGCGAACCCUUUCAGGCUAGGAAACACGGCCGCCCGAUCCGACGAUAUCGAAUGCCUUGCAUGGAACCAGAAGGUCUCUCAUAUUCUUGCAACUGGCGGUAACGGUGGUUUCGUGACCGUGUGGGACUUGAAGACCAAGAAAGCUUCAUUGACUCUUAACAACAGCCGAAAGGCCGUCAGUUCCAUCGCCUGGGACCCCAACCACUCCACAAAGCUCUUGACGGCGACUCCAGAUGAUAACACCCCCGUCAUUCUGAUGUGGGAUCUCCGAAACUCCAAUGCUCCCGAGAGAACACUCCAGGGUCACGAAUCAGGUGUCCUGUCCUUGUCGUGGUGCCAACAAGACAGCGACCUGCUACUCUCUUCAGGCAAGGAUAACCGCACCAUUGUCUGGAACCCCAACACCGGCGAGCGUUAUGGCGAGCUGCCUGAAGUGACGAACUGGACUUUCCUCACUCGUUUCAACCCUCAUAACCCCAACCUUUCGGCGACUGCCAGCUUCGACGGCAAGAUCACGGUGCAGACACUACAAAACACCAACCCCGACACAUCCAAGGCUGCGGCCGAGAAGAACCUGGAUGACGAAGACUUUUUCCGCGCCGCUCAAGACCAGCCCCAGGACGCAUCAUGGACCCUGGCCAAGGCCCCCAACUGGUUCGAGAGACCCAUUGGCGCCUCGUUCGGUUUCGGAGGCAAGGUUGUGGUGUUCAAGGCCAACCCUGUCCAGGCUGGGCAGAAGCGAUCUUCCAAGGUUAUGAUUACCAACUUCUCAAUCGAUUCCGAUGUGUCUUCUGCCACCGAGAAGUUCCAGGAGGCCAUCGCUUCUGGUGAUAUCUCUUCCAUUUGCGCCGACCGCAUUGAGCAGGCCAAGACUGAGGAGGAAAAGGCCGAUUGGCAGGUGAUGGAGACUCUUGUUGGCGACAACCCUCGCAGCAAGAUUGUCGAUUAUCUCGGCUUCAAUGAGGAGGAUCUUGCCAAUGGCAGUGUUAAGGAGGGAGAGGGAGAGGCUGAUGAUGAUGCUGAGGCCGAGACCAAGGAAGAUGCCGAAGAUAAGAAGAAGAAGCGUGUUUCUAGCUUCUUUGACGGCGCCGAGGCCGAGGACGACGAUUUCCUGUCCAACCUUGCUGCUACCAAGGACGCCAAGACUGACAACCCCUUCCAACUGUUCAGCGAGUCUGAUAGCCCAGUUGAGAAGGAUAUCACUAGAGCUCUGAUGCUGGGCAACUUCGCCAAGGCUACUGAACGUUGCUUGAAGGAGGAGCGCUUCGCUGAUGCAUUUUUGAUCGCCAACUGUGGCGGCCAAGAGCUCGCUGACAAGGUCCAGUCCGCUUAUCUGGCUCGCAAGAGCGGCCAACCCAGCUAUAUGCGCCUCCUUGGCUCUGUCAUUGCCAAAAACCUUUGGGACGUCGUUUACAAUGCCGACCUUGAGGACUGGCAGGAGACCAUGGCCAUCAUCUGCACUUUCUCUGACCCCGCCGAGUUCUCGGACCUUUGCGAGGCGCUGGGAGACAGGAUUAACGAGGAAGGAUCCCGAAAGGAUGCUUCGUUCUGCUACUUGGUUGGCUCCAAGCUCGAGAAGGUCGUGUCGAUCUGGGCUGCCGAGUUGGAUGAGGCAGAGCAGGCUGGCUUGAAAGAGGCAUCUGGAGAUUCCACCUUCUCUGUCCAUGCCAAGUCCCUGCAAAACUUCAUCGAGAAGGUCACCGUCUUCCGCCAUGUCACCAAGUUCCAGGAUGGCGAAAAGGGACUGAGCUCGGACUGGAAGCUCGCCACUCUGUACGACAAGUACACCGAGUAUGCUGAUAUCCUGGCUGGCCAUGGUCAGCUUGAGACUGCUCAGAAGUAUCUCGACCUUCUCCCAUCCAACUAUCCCGCUGCGGAACUGGCCAGGAACCGUGUACGACUUGCCACCAAGAAGCCUGCUGCUCAGCCCAGCGCCAGAGUACCAGCAUCUUCGAGCCGCACUUCGUCCAGAAUCCAGCCCGCCAUAGGCUAUCAGCCCCCCCAGUCCGUGCCGGCGCCGGCUCCUGCUCAGACUGCGGCCAACCCCUAUAGCAACAUCGCCCAGAACCCGGCUCCUCGGUCAACUGGAUCACCAGCCCAGCAGUACAUGCCCCCGACAAACGCCUAUCAGCCUCAGGGUAGUAACACCUACCAGCCUCAGGGUGGUUACGCACCACCUGCUCAGACUGGUUAUGGAGCCCCUGGUGGCUACCAGCCGCCCACUCAGCAUGGAUACGGUGCUCCUCCGCCCAUGGCCGGACCUCCUCGAAACACGACUCCUUCCUCUGUGCCACCUCCUUCUAAGGCUAAGAACAUGGACAACUGGAACGAUGUUCCUUUGGUCACUAAGGCACCACCAGCACGCAGGACUACUCCGAGUGUCGGACCUCUGACGUCGCCUUUCCCUGGACAGCAGGCCUCUCACCCUCCUCCUCCCCCUGGAGGCCCGACCCCUUACGGACAGCGAGCCGGAGCCACUCCUCCUCCCCCUCCUCCCAAGGGACCAGCACCUCCUCGAGUAACGUCGCCCCUGGCCGCCCCUCCUCAGAACUUCCAGCCCCCUCCUCCGGCUGCCAGCGCUCACAACCCAUACGCGCCUCCUCCUCCAGCUGCGGGUGCGAUCCCGUCACCAAUGCCUCAUGUCGUCCCUCGGACGGCGUCUCCCUACAACGCCCCUCCUGCCGCAGCACCUCCUUCCAACCGGUAUGCCCCUACUCCGGUAGCGCAGCAGCAGCAGCAGUUUAGCCAGCCCCCAGGCUCGGUGCCACCUCCAGGUGCUGCUAGCCGUCCCCCGCCAGCUGGUUCAUUUGGAGCGCCUCCUCAGCAGUCGACUCCCCACAACCAGUACACGCCCUCUCCUUAUGGCGCUCCUCCAAGCCAGUCCUACGGGGCUCCCCCGACCCAGCCUUCCGCACCUCCAACCGGACCUCCUCCCACUGGACCUCCUCCUAUGAACCGGCCUGGACCUCCUGCUGCCUCUUCUCCUAAGCCAACUCCUCCACCUCAGCCAGCCGCGCCGCCCAAGGCCCGACACCCUGCAGGUGACCGAUCACAUAUCCCUGCCAGCGCGCAGCGUCUGGUGGAUAUUCUGAGCCAGGAUAUGCAGCGAGUUGCAGUCAAGGCCCCCUCCAACUUCGCCCCCCAGGUCAAGGAUACGCAGAAGCGACUCAACAUUCUGUUCGACCACCUCAACAAUGAGGAGCUGGUUCAGCCCGGCACAAUCGAGCAGCUUACAGAGCUUGCGCAGGCCAUUGAGGCCAAGAACUACGACGUGGCCCACAAGCUGCAGGUUGAGGUUCAGCGAGACAAGACGGAGGAGUGUGGUAACUGGAUGGUUGGUGUGAAGCGCCUUAUCAGCAUGAGCAGGGCUACGCCGUGA